CGCUCACUCGUCGUGGAUCUAGCUUCCGACUUCAUGCUUCCGAUCCACUCGAGUCUUCCAUGCGCCUUCUGGUGCAUCCGCAUCCGCUGCAUGGCACAGCUCGCCGGAUCAGCUGCGCCUCCUUCGUUGCGCUUCGAAGUCGAAGAAGCCGAUUUCAAUCGGAUCCUCGAUGGGUUGGUCGGUGAUCUACGCUUCCUCCCACUUGCCCAUUUCUCACUUCCCUUUUCUACUUCCACUUCCACCUCCACAUCAAAGCUGUGGAGCGAGCAAGCACAACUGACGACUUCUGCCUUGACCUUGAUGGCUUCACCACCCUCUCGCCACUUCUUCCUACAAAGAGACUGUUACCUGUCACGCCCCGGCUGAAUUGUUCGUGUCACGCUACCAGCCGCAGGCGCAAUCGAACAUUGGCGAUCGCACUUCGGCGACGUCGAUGUCGUCCUCGACGACGUGGGAGACACACAUGCGAAUCACUACCUCGCUUCUAAUGGAAGCACCGCAUCGCUGCAUCGAAGCAGGCAAGUCGCCGCUCGCACGGGCCGUGGGCGUGGGAUGAGGCUGUGGUGAUGCAGCCACCUCGCCGGACGGGGGGCUGAACGACGCCCAUCCAACGUCUAUCCUAACGCCCCUUCUGACACUUGAAACCGUACAAACAAAGUU